AUGGCUCCUCAGAAGCCCGACAAAGGAUUUCAUGACAUCUUGCUUCCAAGCUUGAGUCUCGACGAUAUUGUGUGGGAUUUCCAAGUCCCAAAUCUCCCAUCACCAUCCACUCUUAAAAAGGCCGAACUCAUCAAAGUGAUCGCCCUCCAAACCGACCUCAAAGAAUGCAAGCACUCCAUGAUGCUCAAAGUCCAGGACAACACGCCAAAUCGCGCCAUAGCCGCAUAUCCGACCGAUCGAUUAAUAGUCUUUUCACUUGAAGCCUUCAAACCACUUGUUUUCGGCGCCGCAGCAAAGGAGCAGCAGCCAGCGCCCGAUCUUCAGCCCCGCACGCGCCAAGAGGUUUCCGACUACAGCAUCAAAUGUCUUCGCGCGGGCAUUAUUCUGAACGGUGUGCACUACAAUUUCUACGGGCAUAGUAAUACGCAACUCAAGUCGCGAUCAUGUUUCCUCAUGGCCGCGACGAGAGAAGAGAUUUCGAGACUGAUUGAGAGUAUGGGAGACUUCACAAAAAUGAAGACGGUGGGCAAGAAGGCCAAGCGUAUUGGUCUUCUCUUCUCAUCUUCCAAGGCGGCCAUGAUGAUCAAUCCCGACCGAUGCGAGGAUAUUCCGGAUAUUGAAACAGACGAAUACGUCUUCACUGAUGGCUGUGGAUUGAUUGCGCCCAGUCUGGCACAAGAGUUGGCACGACGGCGACCACCAGAGAGAAUCAUCUUCCGAGACAGCCGAUACACGCCUUCGGUCUUUCAACUUCGCUAUCGGGGCUACAAGGGAGUUGUUACUGUUGAUCCUCGAAUGAAGAAGGAGAAAGCGCUUCUCAAGCUUCGCAAGUCGAUGAAGAAGUUCAGUGGCGGCGAUGAUUACUCUUUUGCAGUAGUCGAGCACUCCAAGCCUUUUUCAUACGGGUUCCUCAACGACGAGAGUAUCAUCUUGCUCCGCGCAUUGGGCAUCUCACAAGAAACACUCCUUGCCAAGCAGCGCAAUCACUUCAGUCUUCUCAAGAACGCUAAGUCCGACUUCCGCGAUGCAUUCCGCUUCUUAAGCUACGUCAAUAAGCCAGAUCUCGCUGAGCGUGUCCUUCUCGAGGGACUGGAGAGCGUAAAGCCGCAGAUCAAUAGCCAAGUCAACGGGCAACUGGACAAGAUGUUGAAUAAGCAAGGUGGACAAAGGUGUCGUAUCUUCAUACAGAAGUCGAGGCUUCUCUUUGGUGUAUGCGAUGCUUGGGAUGUCUUGAAGGAAGGCGAGUGUGCGGUCAAGGUCACUCUGGAAGAGAGCGGUUUACCACAUGCUUUGAAGAACAGUGAGAUCAUAGUCAUCAGAAAUCCAUGUCUUCAUCCAGGUGAUUGGCAGAAGUUCAAGGUCGUUGAGCGGCCUGAGCUUUCACAUCUGGUAGACUGCAUCGUCUUUUCGACGCGGGGAAAAAGACCAGCUGCUGAUCUCAUGUCGGGUGGUGAUCUAGAUGGCGAUACGUUCUUUGUGUCCUGGGACCCCGACCUCAUCCCCUCAACGGUCUCAGCUCCAGCAUUAUACCCCGGCGGCCGGGAACCAAUCCAGUUUCGCCCCAUUACAGACGACGACCGCCUCGUCUACUUUGCAAAGUACCAGAACGCUUCUCUGGGUCAAAUAAAGAACCUAUAUCUCGACUGGGCUCGAGUCGCUGGUCCCAUGAGCGCCCAAUGCCAAGAGCUCAAUCGACUCUUUUCGCAGUGUGUCGAUGGCAAUCGGAUAAAGAUCCCUGAAAAGUUGCGCACUGCACCAAAGCCCACGCCUGAUACGCCGCCAUUCAUACUCGAUGUCCUCCAUGACGAUGCAGAAGUCUGCGUUCGUCGGCUGGGCCUCACGGAAGAUGGAGAUCUGACGGGAUAUGAUAUUGACGCUAUUCAGCUCUUGUUUAGUCGUGAAGACGUCGCUAUUGGUGAGUUUGAGUCAGUCAAACUGGCAUAUUCCUGGUGUCUCAAAAACAACACGUCGUUUGAGAGCCUGCUUCAUCUCUUUGACUUCAACAUUCUCAAAGCAGAUCAAAAGGCAUGGGUCCUUGCUCAUGUACCAGGGUCUGCAGCCACCACAGGACUGGUUCAGAAUGCUCUAUGCUCAUCCGGCAUCCUUCAGCGAAGAGAACUUCAACAGUUCCACUUGGACUACCCCGGUAUCAAAUGGAAGAGAACAUACGACUCGUCGGUCGAUCGCCUCGCAACAUUUCACGACGCUGUUGCGACAAACCUAGAGCUAUUCCAGCGCACGCUCAUCGUGUUCCAACCUGACGAGCGGUUAUCCCUUGCAAUUUACAUUCCCAAGAAGAUUGAGCGAUCACAAGACUGCGUCAUCAACGACACUGGGCGCUUGUUUGCGUUCCCUCAUUCACAAGGCCCACAAAGACAGGCCCGACUCUCGCUACCGACCAAGAUGCAGUAUCAGCUCUACUGUGACGGAAACAUCUUCCAGCUCUUCGAGAAGCAGCGAGGCAACUCGUGGGUAUUUAUUGGUCGACCAGGAAACAAUGACCAAGACUACCGCAAUCUUCAGAACAAAGGCGAUAGACGCAGAAAAAGGCAGGAAGUGGUUGAGCGAGGGGAACAGGCUGAAGUUAUCGCGAGCAUUGCGCUAGACAAGUUCAGCAGAGGGCUUCAGAUCCAUAUUGGAAGAGUGAAUCGGUCUGCCGUCACAGCUGCAGAAAUCUACGUCAUCAGCAAUCGAGACGUAGCCUCAAUGCGCAACCUUGACCUUUGGCUAGAACAGAUCGACACUACCGAGACCCUGCCUCUAUUCUCGGAAGAGCCGAAAGAUUAUUCUGCACCCAGUCUGACAGAUGUUUUAUCACAUUCCGAUCCAUCAUGGCUCAUUGAGGCCGUAAAAGGUAACGACAUGUCCGCACUCUCACGAUUAGAGUCAGUAGAGCAGUACCAAAAGGUCUUCAAAUUGGCCCGAGAAGCGAGCGAUAAACGGUUUCUUAUGCGGUGCAUUGAACAUAUUUUGAGCAAUAUUGAGAAACUUGUUCUCGAUCAGAAGGAACUGCUUAACGCGAUGCUCCAAGUUCUCACCAAUGAGCCGACACUGGCUAUAACCUUCACACCAUUUCUGUCUUCAUCCCGCUCGGAUAAGAACCAAGACCUGGUUGUACUACUGGAGGCAUCUCUCUUGCCGAUUUUACGGGCAUUCAUCUUGUCCGUCAACACCAUGGGCCAACUUAUCUUGGAGCCGCUCAAGAGCAUCCUUUCCGCUAUCACCCCCGGAAGCUUAUCGCUCCUUGACCUCGCGACGCUUCUUGAACUUGCAGCAUUGACUAUUCGAUCAACAGAUCUGGCUUUGGACCUCUUUUUGGAUUGUCUGCAGCCCAAUGCGUCUCGCUUUAUGGUGACCGACCCAAAGGUAACCAGCCAUUUAUUGCGAAACAUGAUCGCGAUUGCGUUAGAUCACAUUGAAGAAGCCGAUAACGUCGCGAAGAGACUGCAGGGUCUUUAUGAGCUGAAGCAAUCGCCGAAAGACAAGAAUGGGAAUUUGAUCGAGAUCGACUUCAGAAUCGACACGACUGGGACACCAAAGAAAGGAUUACACGUGAGGCUGACAACGGCGUCACUACCAUCAAAUGUGCUGGUUGGCAGCAACUAUUCCAUCGAUGCCCUCGUGGCAAUGUCUGAGACAGGGCGUGCACGCUUCGAAUGUCUUCAUCCGCUCCCUUCUUACUUCGAACAAUGUUCAUGGAUCUUGGAAGACUGCGGUCCUUUCGUCACCUCCAAAUCCAUGAUCGACGCCGUCAAAGAUCUUUGCAUCUACCAAGAAGAUUGCUGCGGUGUCGCAAACAUCAUUUUCGGCCUUCCAUCCCCGAACAUCCCAGGACCAGACCAUUCCUUCAGCAGAAUUGAGAGACUGAACGACAGCCAGAACCAAGCUAUCAAAUUAGCAUUGAACAGUUCCCUUCUCUGCCUUUGGGGCCCGCCUGGGACUGGAAAGACCGAGACGAUUGUUGAGAUGAUCUGUGCAUUGCAGACAGCUAAUCCUAAAGCGCGUGUUCUAGUGACGGCGCCGACACAUAAUGCAGUGGAUAACGUGAUGAGACGGUAUAUCCAACGUCUUCAGAAGCAGCCAUUGGCUAGGAAGACGCAACCGGAUUUAGUACGAGUGUCGACAGAGGUGCGCAAGGUUGCCGAUGAUCUACGUAAGUAUACAUGCGACGCCAUGGCAGGGCAGGAGAUUCACUCCGACUACAAGGCUAUGAAGAAGGCUAUGGAAAUGGUCAAACGAAGCGAUACUAUCUUCACCACCUGUAUUGGAGCAGGUAUCGGAUUGAUUCGCUCAGAGUUCUUCGACAUCGUGAUUGUCGACGAGGCUUCCCAGCAGACAGAACCGAGCUCAAUCGUCCCACUUGUGAAGGGCUGCUCGCAGGCCAUUCUGGUUGGGGAUCAUGUGCAGCUGCGGCCGACUGUCAAUCAGACUGCGUUGGCACUCGACUUUGACGUCUCGCUCUUUGAAAGACUCUACACAGAAGCCAAUGGCUCCAACGGUAACGAUGGUUUGAGGAAGUUGAUGCUGAAUACGCAGUAUCGUAUGCAUCCAAAGCUAUGCGAGUUCAGCUCAGGACAGUUCUACGAAGGAAAGUUGAAGUCGGGCAUCAACAGCUCUGCAAGACCGCCCAUCAAGUCCAAAUUUCCAUUCCCCCCAGCUAGGGUCACGAAUCAGAAAGGACGCUCCGGGAUGGGGAUGCGAGACUAUGAGCGGGCCAUCUUCAUCAACUGCGAUGCAACGGAAAUGCCAGGUCAAAAGUCAAAAGAGAACAGAGGACAAGCAGAGCUCUGCCUUCGCAUCUGCAGGCUCUUGACCAGCGGUUCAGAGACCGAGGGCCCCUCGCACUCAAUUGUGGUCUUAACACCCUAUACUCGCCAAGCCGAAGUCCUUAAGCGCAUGCUCUCCAGCAUACCCUACAAAAUCGAGGUAUCAAGCAUCGACGGAUUUCAGGGUCGUGAGGCGGACAUUAUCGUGUUUGUAACGGUACGAUGUAACGAGCACCGUGAGAUUGGGUUCUUGAAGGACAUGCGAAGGAUGAAUGUUGCUCUGACUCGGGCAAGAUCAGCGCUGAUUGUUGUUGGGAACCGGGUGACAUUAACCGAAGGCACGGCAGAUGAAGAGAGUGCAGUUAUGUGGAGGAAGUUGCUUGGGAGUCUGACUGAGGUGAAGCUAGAGGCUCCCGUCAACGACUCAGUCAAGAAGUGA